UACCACCAGAGUAAACACCCCACCCAGCAUCCCCUUCUCCUUCACCCAACCUCCUAGUCGACCAAAACAGGCCACAUACGUGAGUCACCGCUAUCUUCUUCUUGUCCAGCGCCGUGCAGGGCAGGGGCAGCGCAGGGGGCCCCGUGCGAGAGCCAGUGCAAGUGCCAGAGGCCAGCGCUGCAUGCACCAACUCGAAAGCGCAGAUGCAGCGCGGGGUGCAGACAGGGGCCAGCGCUCAAGGCUGGAGGCUGUACAUGGGCCGACGAGAAAGCCGUGUCGCAGCACAGCCGCCGCCUUGGGCACGGGGGCUCCCUGACGCUUCUUGCGUCUCCUGGAUCUCUGCUGCCAGAUCCCGGCAGCUUUCAGAGACCUGCUGUGCUCUCCUGCUGCUCUGACGGUAUAUACACAACAAAGGAUGGCGCUGACCGAGUUGUUCAUUCUUAUCCACUCCCCUGCCGAUUUGCACCCAUACGCCCACACACUACCCUCAUCCACCUUUCCCCCACUCGACGCCCUCUACCGCUCUCCUGCUGCCCCCUGCCCCCUGCCCCUCUCCUUUCCCCCUCCUCGCCAUUCGCCGGGCGUCUCGCACAAAAAUCAUCCAACUUUCGACGCAAACGGUACACGAAAUAAAAUCACGGCAUCCUUUGGCUUGGUCCCUUCCCAUCACCGAAAAUCAAAACACUCCAUUCUUCAUUUCUUCUUCCAGCUCAGUUUUUUAACUUCUCUCAUUCUCCCCCUUUCCAUAACCUUCCCCCUCGCCCCCAUAACCCACAGCUCACAGAACAAUGUGUGGAAUCUUCUCCUACUGCUCCUUCCUCUGCGAGAGGAAGCGCGAGUACAUCUGCGAUGUCUUGUGCAACGGUCUCGCUAGGCUUGAAUACCGUGGUUACGACUCUGCGGGUAUCGGAAUCGACGGUGACUCUAGGGACAGCCCCAUGUACCUCUUCAAGGAGGUUGGCAAGGUCGCUGCUCUCCGCAAGCACAUUGACGAGGGCGUCCCCUGCCCCGCUCCGGGAUUCCCCGUCUCUGGCCAGAAGGUCGACAUGUCCAAGGUCUUCCUCAACCAGACUUCUAUGGCCCACACUCGAUGGGCGACCCACGGUGUGCCCAGCCCCACCAACUGCCACCCCCACGUCAGCGAUGUCCAGACCGAGUUCAGCUUGGUGCACAACGGUAUCAUUACCAACUACAAGGAGCUCAAGACUGUCCUCCUGAAGCGCGGCUACACCUUUGCCACCGACACCGAUACCGAAGUCGUCGCCGUCCUCUGCAAGUAUGUCUACGACAGCCAGCCCAACAAGCGCCUCAACUUUACCGAGCUCAUCAAGACUGUCAUCAAGGAGCUGGAAGGCUCUUUCGCUUUCGUCUUCAAAUCUCCCCACUUCCCUGACGAGAUUGUUGCCGCCCGACGUGGUUCCCCUCUUUUGAUUGGUGUCAAGACCGACAGAAAGUUGAAGGUCGACUUUGUGGAUGUUGAGCUUCCCACCGCCGAGGAGAGAGUGAACGAGCCUGACGCGAACGGUCUCUUGUCUGCCCCCGCCGGCGUCGCCGACGGCCCCGGUCCCAAGCUCCGCCGCUCCCAGUCCCGUGCUUUCCUCUCCGAGGACGGCAUGCCUCAACCCAUCGAGUUCUUUGUUGCCUCUGACGCCUCCGCCGUCAUCGAGCACACCAAGCGUGUCUUGUACCUCGAGGACGACGACAUCGCCCACAUCGCCGAGGGUGAGCUCCACAUCCACCGACUCCGACGAGACGACACUGUCUCUUCCGUCCGUGCUAUCGAGCACCUCGAAAUCGAGCUCGCCGAGAUCAUGAAGGGUCAGUUCGACCACUUCAUGCAAAAGGAGAUCUACGAGCAGCCCGAGUCUGUGGUCAACACCAUGCGAGGUCGGAUCAACUUUGACUACCGCACCAUCACCCUUGGUGGUCUCAAGGCGUACCUGCCCGUCAUCCGCAGAGGAAGGAGGUUGAUUUUCGUGGCUUGUGGUACCUCUUAUCACUCUUGUAUCGCCGCCCGACCGGUGUUUGAAGAGUUGACAGACAUUCCCGUGGCCGUCGAGCUCGCCUCGGAUUUCCUUGACCGACGCACUCCCGUCUUCCGAGAUGAUGUCGCCGUCUUUGUCUCCCAGUCUGGUGAAACUGCCGACACUAUCCUUGCCAUGCGAUACUGCUUGGAGCGUGGUGCCUUGUGUCUCGGUGUCGUCAACACUGUUGGCUCUACCCUCUCCCGAGAGACCCACUCUGGUGUCCACAUCAAUGCCGGUCCCGAGAUCGGUGUCGCCUCUACCAAGGCCUACACCUCACAAUACGUUGCGCUCGUCAUGAUUGCCGUGCAGCUCUCUGACGACUCCAUCACCAAGACUGCUAGGAGGCAGCAGAUCAUUGAUGGAUUGCACGAGAUCCCUUCGCAGAUCAAGAAGGUGUUGGCUAUGGACAGGGUGUUGCAGCAGAUGGCCAAGGACAUGCUGUCUAACGAGAAGAGUUUGCUCAUUAUGGGGCGAGGCUACCAAUAUGCCACCUGUCUAGAAGGCGCACUCAAGAUCAAGGAAGUGUCUUACAUGCACUCUGAGGGUAUCUUGGCCGGUGAACUCAAGCACGGUCCCCUCGCAUUGGUCGACGAGCACCUUCCCGUCAUUUUCAUCAUGACCCGUGACUCUUUGUACCCCAAGGUCCAGAGUGCGCUUGCUCAGGUCACUGCCCGAAAGGGUCGACCCAUCAUCAUCUGUAACGAGGACGACGACACUGUCUCUGACAAUGCCAAGGUCAUCCGAGUUCCCCAGACUGUCGACUGUCUCCAGGGCUUGAUCAAUGUCAUUCCUUUGCAGCUCUUGUCUUACCACCUCGCCAUCAUGAACGGUGUUGACGUUGAUUUCCCCCGAAACCUCGCCAAAUCUGUCACCACCGAGUAAAUGGACAUUGAACACCCACAAGGACAUUUAUCAUACAAAUUCCUCAUCACAUUUUUUGUCCAAGUAGAUCACCAUCCCCUUUUGCCCGUAUUCAUGUGUUCUUUUUUCUCUGGUUUUACUAUCCUUCAUCCGAUUAUUCUCCGUUUACAAUAGCCUCUCUGUCUCCUUUGACCCCGUCCCGGUCUAUUGUCUGUCUCAGUUGUCAGACAGAUAUAGGCAAAAUUGUACCGCCGGCGGAGGACUUGGGAAGAAAAGUAGUAAAGGGAGAGAGGGGAAGUCAUAGUCUUCUUUCUGUCUUUUUUACAUUCAACAUUCACGCUCAUCUUGUCCUGGUAUGUACAUAAUGACUCUCGAACGACAAGAGCAUGUACAAAGAAUCAAAAGAAUCACGGGGUGCAUACGGUCUGAUCGCAGUAGACAGAUUGUUAUUCAUCGUGGACUGCCGUCAGGCAAGACCGGCAUCCACCAUGAAAGGCCGAAUUACAUCAGGCAUGUAUCAUUACCAGCCGAAAUAGACGACCCUUACCUAGAUCCCCAGUCAGAUACUACUCCCUGGUGCAUGGAUGAUGUGCUAUGGUGGCCCCAGCUCAGCUGCACCUGUCUUUGGAUAUAGUGAAACAAAGUGGGGUACUUCUCCUUGUCAAACGCGCUCGAACUGUAAUGCUUGCUGUAUCUGUGUGAUUGUCUCGCGCUCUACGGCAUCAGCCCCCCAUGAUUG